AUAGCCCGGAGAAAGGACCAGGAAUUCCCCUAACCCUAGCACGCUUUAGAUGGGGGUGGACCUAAAAAGAAGGGGCGGAGGAAGAGUGAGCGGCGGGAGGAAGGGAAAGGAAAAGAAGGGAAGGAAAGGAAGGCGCACCUCUGACCUAUAGCCCCACGCUCCCGACUUGUACUCAUGCCUAGCAAAGAAGACUGGAAAGGGGAGGCUGAGUGAAAAGCCUCGGCGGCGGCAGCAGCGGCAGUGGUGGCCGAGCAGGAGGAGGUGGCGGUGGCGGCAGCAGCGGCGGCAGCUCGGCGGCCAAAGAGGAGGAGGCGGUAGCGGAGGAGGAGAGGGAGGAGGCAGAGGAGGAGGAGGAGCGGCGGCGGAGACUGGUGUGGGGAUGGCGGAGAUACCGCCCGGGCCUAGCAGCCUCCUCCCUCCGCCGCCGCCACCGGCCGCGGCCGAGCCGCGCUGCCCCUUCCCCGCGGGGGCCGCCCCGGUCUGCUGCAGCGAGGACGAAGAGGACGACGAGGAGCACCGAGGAGGAGGAAGAGGAGAAAGAGGAGGCAGGGACAGGAGCCCGGCCGGUGAGGUCGCUGCCUCCAAGGGGCAUCAGCGUCUCCAUUGCCCGCAGACACUGGCGGCGUCGCUGCCUCCGCCGCCGCCGGUGCAGCAGGAACAGCAGCAACAGCAGCAGCAACUCAACGGGUUGAUCAGCCCCGAGUUGAGGCACCUUCGGGCAGCCGCCUCCCUCAAGAGCAAGAUCGUGGGCGCUGCUGACACGGCGGCCACGGGCCCCGCCACCGACGGGAAACCGAGGGCGACUGCAACCAAAAAAGCUGGGCAGCCCCCCAGUGAAAGACCCCCUCACACUCUCCCCAAUAAUGCAAGAACUGCGCUCCCAAACCCCACAACACCGGCGGCAGCUGUAACAGCAGCAACAAGCGGCCUGGCGUCGGCCCGCAAUGGACUGGCUGGAGGGACUGAGCAAGAGGAGGAGGAAGAUGAAUCGCUGCUGGUGCUCUCCUCGUCCCUGACAGCUGUCUGCAGCUUAACCACCUCCUCUGACAGGGAGGCAGAACCCGAGGAGGAUCGGACGAUACGAUAUGUCCGAUAUGAAUCCGAGCUACAAAUGCCCGAUAUCAUGAGACUGAUCACCAAAGAUCUGUCUGAACCCUACUCCAUUUAUACCUAUAGAUAUUUUAUCCACAACUGGCCACAGCUAUGCUUCUUGGCCGUGGUAGGGGAGGAGUGUGUAGGUGCCAUCGUUUGCAAGUUGGAUAUGCACAAAAAGAUGUUCCGCAGAGGUUAUAUAGCCAUGUUAGCAGUGGAUUCCAAAUACAGAAGAAAUGGCAUUGGUACUAACUUGGUUAAGAAAGCUAUUUAUGCCAUGGUCGAAGGAGACUGUGAUGAGGUUGUCUUGGAAACCGAAAUAACAAAUAAAUCUGCUUUGAAACUUUAUGAAAAUCUUGGUUUUGUGCGAGAUAAAAGGCUGUUCAGAUACUAUUUAAAUGGAGUUGAUGCACUGCGUCUUAAACUAUGGCUGCGUUAAAAGAAACUAUGACAUGAAGGAACAACUUCCCAACAGCGCACAGUCGGCCUUUGCAUGCAAUGCAAUUUGUACAGAAUUGCUUUGCAGGUGGAUUUCGUAAUUUCCAUGCAGCUCUUACCUGUCAGUGUCUCAUUGAGUGUCGCACAUAUUUGUUGCACUAUGGCAUGGCACAUUUGUUCUGAAUUAAAAGAUUGUUUCAAACUUCAAAAGUUCUUUUGGUACCAGCAAGAUGUGCCAGUUGCUAGCCAAGAUUUGUUCGUUCAUUUGCAAGUCUACUGACAACGUUAUAUACACAGUGAACAUUUUAUCACAGAACCUGUAUGUGGAACAUAAUUUUUGUUCCUGAAAAAAGCCAAUUUAGAUUGUAAAAUUCUCUAAGUAUACUAACAUUUCAUACAAAAACUUGCCAUAGUUUUCUGGGGGGAGGGAAAGCUUCAAUUUUAGGUUUUAUUUUUCAAUAUUGAAUUUUCCAUUUUUGAAUAUUGGUACCUCAGUGAUUAGUGAAUGAAAAAAGUGUAUCGUAGGGUGGGAUGUGUGUGUUACAAUGAGUAACAGUAACAAUUAAAUUGCGUCUCCCAGUGCCUGUAUAGAUAAGUAUAUUUGUCUUUAUCUCUAAUUUUUUAGUGCAUGCUUUCUUUUUAUUUCCUUUAAAAAUGUCUUUGCAAGAAAACUGCUUUUAUUUAAAUUCUGAAUUUGAUAAUAAAUUAUUUCAGAUUUUAUAAUUUGGAUACUUUUCCCAGGCAAGAGACAGAGCUAUUCUUAUACAACAACAACAAAAAAAGUAGAAGCUGUUUGGAAAAUUCUUGAAUAGUUGCUAAAAGGGUGUAGGGGUGAAAAGGGUGGGAACUUGAAGGCUCCAGUAAAUUGCUGGGUUUGGAUGCACUUUUUCUUUUUGAUAGGGAUUUUUGGAAAAGAAUAGAAAAUUAAUGUAAAUUGGUAUGAUUUUAUUUAAUCAAAAUUAUUGCUAUGAGCUGUGAAAAACAGCUUUUAUAAAGCAGUUGGAACUUUUUUUCACUUGAUUUGGAUCCAGAUUGCUUCAGUGUUCUAAAAUGCUUUGAUAUUCAGUUCUUGGUCUUGGAAAUAAAUUUCAAGGUGUAUUUUAUCCAUUUCAGCUGCUUUUUUUUUUCCU